GGGGAAGGUACGGAAUCACGUGACUCAGCCAGUUACUUCACUCAACUGAACUUGGUACCACAAGUAGUAGCGGACUAGCGGGGGAAUCGUCAUGGAGCUCCCGGCGGUCAACCUGAAGGCGAUUGUGUUUGUGCAUUGGCUGCUCACUGUAUUUGCGUGUAUGUAUCCGUGGCUACCUGAUGCCUAUACGUGGGCAAACUUCAGCGUGGUGGCUAUGGGAGUUUGGGCAGUUGCACAGAAAGAUUCUGUUGAUGCAACUUCAAUGUUUCUGAUUGGAGUCAUCAUCACAGUUGUAACAGACAUCCUGCUGUUUGCUCUGUACUUUGCUGAUGGGGAAAGCAGGACAGAACAGAGCGCGGCAAGAGACUUGUUCCGCUUUAGCUCUGGGAUGGCCAUACUGAGUCUGCUACUGAAGCCUCUCUCCUGCUUUUUUGUGUAUCACAUGUACCGUGAGCGAGGAGGAGAGUGCACUAUCAGCUUAGGAGCAUUCCGCCCUGGUGCACGGGAUCGUAGCAGUUACCAGACCAUCGAUCACCAGGAUGCCCUUCCAGAACAAGACAAAGUGCCUCCACGGUCUUAUUAAGUUGAUUGAACUGUUUGAUACUUCAAGUUCUUUGGCUUCCAACAGUGGACCAAAGAAGGAAGUCACUUGCCUUAAACUCAUGCCCAUAAGCUGUAAAUGGCAGCUCCCACACACCAAUUGCUGUGUAAACUGUUGGACAAACUCAGUGCAAAGAGGAUUUCCGGGUCUAAGCAGUUAUGGUAUUUGAAGUUGUAUCCUAACAUUUAUUUUGUUGAAAUCUCAAGAAUGUAAUGUGAAUAUCAAAUGUGAUUUUGUAUAAUGGUUUGUUGUAUUCUGGUUCUUUAUGUGUUCAAUGACAGAUUUAACUGCUGUUAGCGAUGGUAAAACAUUUACACUUCAUUGUACUUUGGACUUUUAAGUUGCCUGUAAAUGAUUCAUCUAGCAGUUGUAUGUAUUAUAAUUAUUGAGCAAUACUUUGGUGUCACAUGUUAAACUCUUCUGUUUGUGUAAAUAUAUUGUGUUAAUAUGUUAGGUAACAACAACAAAUAAAUAUAUAACAGGAGUCUAUAUGA